AUGUUGAGUGCUGACGUUGAGAGUUCAUCGUUCACGUUGGGAACACUAAAGCGAAAUAAGCAGAAGAAAAAAGUUGUCGUCCAUUACGACCAUGACAAUGGCGAAGUCAUCGCUCCGUCGAACCAGUUCGAGAGAAUACUUCUGCGUGAAGGUAUUGAAGUGAGAAGCGACGAAAACUAUAAGAAGUACAUGUAUAUAGGAAAUAUAACAACAAAAGCACUGGUCAAGAAAUUAGACACUAACAUGAGCGUCGAACAGUACAAAGAAGAGCUGCUGCAUUCUUUUGAGGAAGCGUUGGACGAGGAAAGCAGUCUCAUCACGUACCUAGAACCAUCACAUUCAGAGAGUCGCAAUAUGUCAGACUUAUGCCAAAUUUGCAUCGCACAAAUUCGCUUCAUCGACCGAAUCUACUACAGUCGUCCUUUGUUCUGCAGUAUUUUCGAGCGAGACAUCCUAAAGUGGUCGCCGGAAAUUAGAAAUGCCCUGAUUUCAUCGAUUCCGGAGGUUAUCACUGAUGUCGGCAUCCAAGGUGAAGCAGCCAAAGAGCUGCAGUCGUUUCUAUUACGUGAUGUGGAGAUAGAUCCAGUUGGUUGCAAACUGGCCGUGAUUUCUGCGCUUUUAUUGCUGAAUUCUGACUCGGGAGCUGCAGCGAAGGAUGCUUUUUUUGAUUUGCUCGGCCAAUUGUCUGCUCAUUUUCAUGUGGACCAAUUAAGUCUAUCUCGUCGAGGAAAACUACGUUACAGUCUUGAUGAGAUCGUCGGUGAGGUUUUCGGAAAAAUUACACAGUUUAUCGUGCUUGGAGGAGAGUAUCGUUGGAGACAAGUACACAAGUUUCUCAAAACUAGUGCACUCUCUGAAAAACUUGGGGCUGACGAAUUUGUGUCGCAAGGAAGUGAUAUCGUCUCGGGUUCGAGAGCUCCGCGUGUUCGUAACUUUUUUGUUUUGUUUUGA